UAAUCCUGGCCUAGAUUUUCGGAAAAUGUUAACAACCUUAGUAAGACGAAAUCAGAGCUGCGUAACUGAAUAUGAUAUUUAUAGUUGCAAUCAAGUUGUGUAUUUAUGAAUUAUAAUGAUCACUUAUUACUUUCAAAUGUUGCGGACUUAAUUUCACAGGAUUUACCACCAACAGCUCUGCUAUAUUGUAGCAAAAGCGGUAAAGGUUUUUCACUACUUCUUUUUAAAGUUAAAAAAAAAAAUCAGUGACGAGCAAUUAAAGAAAAUUCCAAUAAGGUCUACAUGAGGUGCAAAACAUUUCACCUUAAUAGAAACAUUUAUUAUUGAUCUCAAAAUACAUUUGAUAUCUCAAAUGAAGAUAUGUAUACACAUUCUCGACUCACAAGUGAGAGCUCAAAUGCAACGAACGCAUCUGGAAGUACAGAACAAACGGAUUUAUCUGAUGAAACCUCAGAUGUUGAGUGUCAGCGGAGAAAUGUGCAUCUUUCAGAGUCGGUGCCAUUACUUAUAAGAAGUGAAAGCGAAUACGCAGUGCGGGACUUAAUUCGAAGCGAAGAUUUCAGGAAAUUCUUUGAAACUGAAUAUGCUGAUAUUGUGAAAUUUCGUAAGAAUUACAAAAGUUUAAGGAAAAGUUUCUUGACUUUGGCAGUUUUGAACAUCAUUUUGAUUAUUUGUGCCGUGUCUGUCAUGUCCAUGUCACUACGUUUUGGAUACGGCCAUGUCACGUCAGACAAAAUAUCACUUGAUGCUGCUAUGGAAGAAUUAGUGCUCGAGAAACUGGAUUCCCCACGUGCAAAGGCAAUAAUACGGCAACACGCGUCCUGUGACGAUUGUCGUCAUAUGAACGAUAAAUUAGAAAAAUGCGACACAAAUAUACAGAAAGUUUGGAAAAGUAUUGAUAAACUGGAAGAUGCAGUGAUCGCGUUGCAACCAAACGGAUCCAACAUCAAGCCGGGAGGUUUCCAGAGGACGGCAGUUGAAGUCAAUAACCAGCUGAUAAACAUCAACAGGAAACGCUCUUCUUUGCAAUUAAUAGGAAGCUUUAUAAGAGGUCAGGUUGAAUGGAAGAAAGAUGUAUCAAAUGGCAACAUAAUGGCAUAUAACAAAAACAAAGGAAUUCAUGUAAUGGGCGGUGGGACAUACUUUCUGUACACAAAGAUUAAGUUUUCGAAAAACAAUUGUACCGGAAAUGAACUGUUUGAGUAUGAUGUUAUGGUUGAUAAAGGAAGUACCACUGCUAUUGUAUCUAACACAAAGCAGGGCUGCCCAGUCCAUGGCAGUUUUGACCAGACAUUGUAUGUUCAGAAGUUAGUAGAGGUACCGCUAAGAGAAACAGCAACAUUUUACAUACGAUUUAAGUCUGAUUUCUUGUCCGGUGCUUUUAGGACGCAUGUGUUUGGUAUGAUUGAAAUGUAGUAGACUUGAGUGUAUUUUGGUGGAAACGUGGUCAGCAUCUUUGACUGCCAUGUAGGUACACAUACACACAUUGUCUUAACCAGUUAGACUGUUUACAGAUCUUAUUUACACAAAAUGUAAGAAUGUUAUUACGUGUAAUAAAAACGUCUAAAUAGAUUAGGCAACGUACGAACAACGCAACCCCUGUACAAUUCUAUAGCAGGAUUGGUAUGGAUAUAUGUACAUGAUAGACAUAAUGGUUAUACACAAAGUAAAACAGGCGACGAGGAAGAAAUGAACAAAAAAGGGAACUCAGUGGUACUCCGCCUGUGCGUAAUUAGGGAGUUUAAACGGAUGAUGAUGCUUCAAACGUCACUCUUAUGCUCAAAAUGUCUCAAAGUUACAUACAAUAAAUAACAAUACAGUUACGCCAUGGUAAACACAAGACAUGGUAUGUAGAACGCAAAAAUGCGCUUUACGUAAAAAAAUAUAAAAAGAAAACCCAUACGAACCAUAUACGUACCCAUUGGUCAAUGCAUAUGUCUAUUAAAUCUAAAUAGGUAUUAUACAAAUAAAUAUGGUGUGUCCAUAUUCCGAUGUGUUAACCUAUAUUAUGGAUAUGUUAACCUCUAAUUAUCUCAUGGAUAUACAUAUAAUUAAAUUAUGUCGUCUAUGCUAUUCCAGAAAUACCUAUUUCAUUACUGAGUACAAUCUGUAAGAAUAGUGUAUAAGGGUGCUAUGCAUGUACAAUGUAUUUUAUUUUGAUAAAUGGCAAUUGUUGUGUAUGAUUUGUUGUUAUCAUUCUGUUAUCUGAUUGUUUUUAUUUUUAUCAACGAUGAAAUAAAUUGUUAUGUUUUACAAA